GCCAAACUUGGGACUGUUAAUUGCAUACCGUCUAUCCGACGUACACUUGGGGUUGCCCUGUCAGAGACGCAUUGUCAUGGCGUCCCCAGACAUGGUCCUGGCUUGUCUGGAGAAGGCGUCGCGUGCGUCGGCUACUUCCCCAGCCAACCUCGGUCCGUCGCAACUCCAGUCUGGUCGGUCUCUCCAUCACGCUAUCAUCACGCUGCAUCCACAUCUCGCACCAUUGCCCAACGGCGUCCAUAACCUCAGCCGCUCUGCCUGCACGUCGCCGCCUCCCAAUGCUCCCAAAUGCCCUCCGCAGACUUCGCCGCCGCCCAGCAACGCAUAGCAGCCCGCCGCGCUCAACGCGCCCUUCAACAGCGGAAUCACCAUGAGCCUCCGCCAUCAACCGCACAACGCGCCCUGUCGCGCCUGCCCUUCCCCUUCAGCAGCCUGUCCACCACGGGAUUCAGCAUCUGGGACGCGAUAAAAGGCCGAUCGGGGACACGACCAGAGUUCCGCGUCGGCCAGGUCGAUGCGGAACUGCUCGACGAAGAACUCCUGACGCUGAUGAAGGAUCAGGUUGGCGAAGGCUUGAAAUAUUUUGGAAGCCAUGUUACAGACAACUACUCGGCUGAAAUAUUGUUGGCAUUGAGGGCCGUGCUAUGGAAGUUGAGCAUUUGGGAUCAGAAUGCGAGUUAUGGCGCGCAUCUACAGGGGCUGAGGUAUACCGAUGCGCGGAGUAGUGCGCCCAACCGUCCGCCGCCUAAACCGUGGCAAAAGGUCGCCUAUGGGGCUGUCACAGUGGGAGGAAGGUAUGCGUGGACAAAAUGGGAAGAGUACCUUUUAUCUGCGUCUGAGGACUAUACUCGACCUGAGAGCCCAAGGUUGAAGCUUCUGACGCGCUUGAGUGAACUGGCAGGAAACGCGCAUGACGUCCUCGGUCUUGCCAGUUUCCUAGUCUUCCUCGUCGACGGUCGGUAUAGGACCAUUACAGAUCGCCUCCUCCGGCUACGUCUGACACCGACAUCGCACAUGACAUCACGCGAAGUCAGUUUCGAGUACCUCAACCGCCAACUUGUAUGGCACGCCUUCACCGAGUUCCUCCUCUUCCUCCUCCCACUCGUCGGCAUCUCCCGCUGGCGUCGCAUUCUGAGCCGCACAUUCAAGAAACUGCGAACAACCGUACUCUCCCUUCUCGGCCGCUCAAAGCCCAACAACGAUGAAGGAGAUGAAGAGGCCAAGGCCGCCGGUGAACUAGCUUUCCUGCCCGAACGGACCUGCGCAAUCUGCUACCGCGACCAGAACCCAACAACCGCCAGCGAAGCUGAUAUCCUCACCUCCUCAGCCGGUGGCGGCGGUGUCGUCGGCUCUGCAACAACAGACAUCACCAACCCAUAUGAAGCCAUCCCAUGCGGCUGUAUAUAUUGUUUCGCAUGCAUUGCGCAACGAAUCGCAAACGAGGAGGGCGAAGGCUGGACAUGUCUGCGCUGCGGCGAGACAGUCAAGGAAUGCCGACCUUGGAACGGCGACAUCAUCGAGGAACAGCCCCGUCGGGUCGAGCAUACUGAAGUGCACGAACGACCGAGUACAGCAAAGUCUGUUGGCUUCGCUACUAGUCACAACGAUGAAGACAAUGAGUUGGAUGAGAAAGCUUUGCUGAGGCAGGUCGAUCCUAUGCCUGAGCAAGAAGACGUCACGGAUGUGACGCAGGAGGAACAAGGUAUUAUGGGAACUACCCAGACACGCGGUCUGGAUCUUGGCGAGUCACUAUUCACCGAGAGCUCCGAAUGGGCGCGUGCUAGUGAGGAUCGAAGCAGUGAUGAUGAGCAGAGCGAAGAGUACGACGAGGACGAGGAAGAAGAGGGCGAGGAAUUGGGCUUUUACGACCAAUAAAACGUGGUAGGGUUUGGUUAGGCUGCACGACUGGAUUGCUGUAUAAUUACUUGAUGCGUUGAUUUGCAAGAUACCCUUAUUUUCCAAGCUUGUUUGCUUCAUUGUGCUGUGCUAUUCAAUGUCAA